CUGGGCGGCUCCGGGGGCCGGCCGGGCAGAGGCGGUGCAGGCCGCGGGGCAGCAGCAGCAGCGCCAUGCCGUUCCUGGAGCUGGACACCAGCCUGCCGGCCGAGCGGCUGCCGCCGGGGCUGGCGCAGACCCUGUGCGCCGCCGCCGCCGACAUCCUGGGCAAACCGGCCGAGCGGGUGAACGUGACGGUGCGGAGCGGGCUGCCCAUGGUGCUGUCGGGCUCGGCCGAGCCCUGCGCCCAGCUGGCGGUCUCGUCCAUCGGCGUGGUGGGCACGGCGGAGCAGAACAAGGCACACAGCGCCCGCUUCUUCGAUGUCCUGACGGCGCAGCUGGGCCUGGGCCCCGAUCGGAUUGUCAUCCGCUUUUACCCACUGGAGCCCUGGCAGAUUGGCAAGAACAGGACAGUCAUGACAUUCCUGUGAUCCUUGGAGCAGCUGCUGGAACAAAGCCAUCGUGAAGGCAACCCAGAGAUGAUCAGCUCUGUCUGUCUGCUUGUUUCCUCUUGUGAUCAAAUCUGUGUAGUUCGAUCACUUUUGUCUUUGCAUCCUGUACACACAAAGCUCAAGAGUGAGGCAAUCAACUGAUUUUACUGAAAUAGUUCAAAGUCUUUGUCUCAAGCUCAGGCCUAGACAAAGCUGCUUGUAGCAGUAAAAAGUUUAAUUCUAGAACAUUUGGCUUUACUGAGGACCAUAGAGGUUCUGAGGUUUAUCUAUUUUUUUCUCAUAAUUUGCAAGGCAGAAAAAAUCCUUUUUUCUGUUUCUCUGUGGCAACAGAAGGGUCUCAGGCCAAUGAAGAUGACCUGGAAGUCAAAUUCUUUUCUUUUUCAGGCUCCCCUAAAAGCCCUUUCUGGAAAGAGAGGUGAUUAUUGGGAGAGAAGUUUAGGCAUUGAAGGCUCAUGUCAGAUCUUGUGCUCUGUGCUCUGCCCUUGCCACCUCCUGUGACUGCUCCUACAAAGUGUUGCUUGUUCACAAAGUUUCCAGGGCUCAAUGUCUGUCUGCUGUUAGCAGUGGCUGGAAGAGAGAGUCACUUCUGAAGACCUGCACUGUGCCACCAGAAAAUAUUAAAAUAUUUUGAAGUUUCUGCUACUGCCAUCUUUAAUUCUUGUUAUUCACUGUUUGCUCAGAGUCCUUUUCCUUGCUGUUAUGGGGAGUUUUGGGAUGAUCGAGCAUCUCACUGUGAUCUGUGGCUGAUGGAUCUGGCUCAGUGUCCCUGCAGAGAAGUGUUUUGGGUUUUUAGGACCCAUAUACUCCCUCACUUCUUAACUAGAGUACACAGGGCAUUUCAUUAUAACAAAAGCAGGGUACUUUUUGUGUACAAUGUUGCCUCUGCCUUCUGCUGCUAAUAAAAUAAUUUAUCAGUUCCC